GCCAAAAACCAACCUGAUUUCAAGCUCGGUACUACCGUCUCGCUAUACCGUCGCUGCUGCAGGAUCUAAUCGAAGCGUCGGAGAGCUGCUGAGCUGCUUUAGAGCUUGCCCCACUUGUAGUCUUGCCUGACACCGUCCCAGACGCGGCUACAUAACCGCCCAGAAACCACCCCAGGAGCUGUGUGGGUAUUGGGCCAGCUCCCAAGUCGACAAUAGCGCCGCAAUGUUCCGCAAGAAGACGGCCGGCCCCGCAGUCGACGAGAAGGAGGCUCCUAUCAAUGCCAUCUCCCCCGCUGCGCCCGUGGACGCCCCGCGUGUACGACGAGCCUAUUCUCUGGAUGAUUUUGAGCUGCUGGCAACGCUGGGCACGGGCACUUUCGGCCGCGUACGCCUGGUGCAACUCAAAGGCGUGGGGUCCUUCCACGCUCUCAAGAUCCUCAAGAAGAGCGAGAUCCUGCGGCUCCAACAGCUGCACCACAUCAAGUGCGAGGUGGAGAUCCUGAGUCGAAUCCAACACCCGUUUAUCGUCAAUUACCUGGGUCAUUUCCAGGACGAACGGAGACUGUAUCUAGUGCUCGAAUAUGUGCAAGGAGGGGAGCUCUUCUCCUACUUGCGACGUCAAGGCCGCUUCCCGGACCACGUGGCCUGCUACUAUGCGGCUCAGCUAGUCACAGCACUGGCCUAUCUCCAUGCACAACACAUUAUCUACAGAGACUUGAAGCCCGAGAACUUGCUCAUUACAUCCGAGGGAUACCUCAAGAUCACAGACUUUGGCUUUGCCAAGAUCGUCGAGGACAAGACGUGGACGCUCUGCGGUACACCCGAAUACCUCGCACCGGAGAUUAUUCAGAGCAAAGGACACGGCAAGUCGGUGGAUUGGUGGGCGCUCGGCGUGCUCAUCUACGAGAUGCUGGCAGGGUAUCCUCCUUUCUACGACGAGAACCCGUUCGGUAUUUAUCAAAAGAUAUUGGACGGUAAAGUGGACUUCCCCAAGCACAUAGACUCCAAAGCCAAGGAUCUAAUCAAGAAAUUGUUAUCGCAAGACCGCACCAAGCGACUUGGUUGCUUACGAGGCGGAUCGGAAGACGUGAAGAAACAUAAAUAUUUCGGCAAAGUGGACUGGGAUGCGGUGCUCGCACGCACCGAGACACCACCAUAUCUGCCGCCAGUGGGGGGACCUGGGGACCACACGCACUUUGACGAGUACCCGGACUCGCCUGUUGACGACGCUGUCAUUCUGUAUGGAGAAGAUCGAGCUGCCUUCGAAGUGUUCGACCAAUUUUAAGUUCAAUGCGAGCAAAAUGUCUUUCCAUGUGUCGUGCAAUUGAUCCCGUGCAACGGGAUCAAAUUCAGUAAAUUACUUAUAAAAAGGGCUACAUGAGACAUACCGAACUUCAACUAAGCGAAAAUGGCUACGUACGUUGAAGUUAUAGUCCUAAAAAGUUACUCGUGCUUACUUGAACGAAUAGUGCGCA